CCAUUAUUCUUCCAAUUAGGAACAACUGGAGGAGCAGAUGCAGUCACUACUGGAUCUGCCAUGGAAAACACAUCUGGAAGAGCAGGGACUACUGAACCAUCAGUUCCUGAAACAACGAGGGUCCCCGGAAGUGAGACAACGAGGGCCCCUGGCAGCGAGGAGACGACAAAAGCCACCAGCAGAGAGACGACAACGAGAGCCCCAGGCAGGGAGGAGACGGUAGUGCCCAGCAGAGAGACAACGAGAGCCCCUGGCAGCGAGGAGACGACAAAAGCCACCAGCAGAGAGACGACAACAAGAGUCCCGGGCAGUGAGGAGACAGUGAUAGUGCCCAGCAGAGAGACAACGAGAGUCCCAGGCAGUGAGGAGACGACAGUGCCCAGCAGAGAGACAACGAGAGCCCCAGGCAGUGAGGAGACGACAAGAGCCACCAGCAGAGAGAUGACAACGAGAGCCCCAGGCAGGGAAGAGACAACGAUAGUGCCCAGCAGAGAGACAACGAGAGCCCCAGGCAGGGAGGAGACAACGAUAGUGCCCAGCAGAGAGACGACGAGAGUCCCAGGCAGUGAGCAGACAACGACAGUGCCCAGCAGAGAGACAACGAGAGCCCCAGGCAGUGAGGAGACGACAAGAGCCACCAGCAGAGAGACGACAACGAGAGCCCCAGGCAGGGAGGAGACAACGAUAGUGCCCAGCAGAGAGACAACGAGAGCCCCAGGCAGGGAGGAGACGACAAAAGCCACCAUCAGAGAGACGACAACGAGAGUCCCGGGCAGUGAGGAGACAGUGAUAGUGCCCAGCAGAGAGACAACGAGAGUCCCAGGCAGUGAGGAGACAACGAUAGUGCCUAGCAGAGAGACGACGAGAGUCCCAGGCAGGGAGGAGACAACGACAGUGCCCAGCAGAGAGACGACGAGAGUCCCAGGCAGUGAGGAGACGACAAGAGCCACCAGCAGAGAGACGACAACGAGAGCCCCAGGCAGGGAGGAGACAACGAUAGUGCCCAGCAGAGAGACAACGAGAACCCCUGGCAGUGAGAGGACAACAGCUUACAACACUGAAGUGACACCAUCUGAAGGCCAGUCAGAAAUAACUGGAGGGGGAUAUGCACCCACCACUGGAGCUACUGGUGAAAACACUUCUGGGACAUCAGGGAUAACUGGACCAUCAGAUAGAGAGACAGGAACAACUGGACCAUCGGAAAAAGUUACAGGAAAUUCUGUACAAUCAUCUGGAGUGACAGGGACAACUGGCUCAUCAGCUGGAGGUUCAGGGACACCAGAUAGAGUAUUUGGAACAACUGCACCAUCAGCUGGAGUAUCAGAGACAACUGGCCCAUGGGUAGGAGUGACACUGACAACUGGGAAAUCAAAUGAGGUGACUAGGGCCAAUGGGCCAUCAACUGGAGUGAUAGGGACAACUGAACCAGCAGACGAAGGAUCAGAAUCAACUGAACCAUCAGUUAUAGGAUCAAGAACAACUGGAAGAUCAGCAACAGAAUUAAAAACAAUUGAGCCUUCAUUUGGAGGAUCAGGUACAACUGGUCCACCUAAUGAAGAAACUGGGAAAAUUACAUCAUUGGUUACAGGAUCAGGUACAACUAGACAAUCAGUUGAAACAACUGGGACAACUAGACAAUCAGGUACAGGAUCAGGGACAACUGGACCAUCAGAUGAAAUGAAAGGAACAGCUGAAGUAUCAACUACAGGACUAAAGACAACUGGACCUUCAUCUGAAGGAUCAGCUACAACUGGACUCUCUGCUAUAAAAACUGGGACAACUAGCAUAAGAGUUGGAGAAACUGAGAUAACUGGAGGAUCAAUUACAACUAAAACAUCAACUAUAGAACUAGGAACAACAGAACCUUCAACUACAAGUAGAGCAUCUGUUGAUGAAACUUGGACAGUGGGCCCAACAGUUGGUGACUCUGGGACAAGUGGACCUUCAUCUGGAGGAUCAGGCACUACAAGACCAUCAGCUGCAGGACUAGGGACAACUGGACCUUCAUCUGGAGGAUCAGGAACAACUGGAUCAUCAGCUAUAGGAUUAGGGACAACUGGACUUUCACCUAAAGGAUCAGGAACAACUAGAUCAUCAGCAGUAGGAUUAGGGACAACUGAACCUUCACCUGAAGGGUCAAAUACAACUGACACAUGGGUUAGAGAAACUGGAAGAACUGGUCCAACAUCUGGAGAAUCUGAGACAACUGAAUCAUUACCUGGAGGAUCAGGUACAACUAGACCAUCAGCUACAGGGCUAGGGACAACGGUACCUUCACCUGGAGCAUCAGGUACACCAGGCUCUACUGUUGAAGAAACUUGGACAAUGGGCACAACAUUUGGAGAUUCUGGGACAACUACAUCUAUAUAUGGAGGAUCAGGUACAAGUAAUCAAUCAGCUAAAACACUAGUGACAAGUGGACCUUCUUCUGGAGGAUCAGGUACAAUGGGACCAUCAGUUACAGGACUAGGGACAAGUGAACCUACAUCUGAAGAAUCAGGUACAACUACACCAUCAGCUAGAGGAUUAGGGACAACUGGACCUUCAAGUUCAACUGGCACAGCCUUUGAAGAAACUGGGACAUCUGGCUCAAAAGUUGGAGAAUCUGGGACAACUGGACUCAUACCUGGAGUAUCAGGUACAACAAGACCAUCAGCUACAGAAUUAGGGACAUCGGGUCCUUCAUCUGGAGUAUCAGGUACAACUAGGUCAUCAGCUACAGGAUUAGGUACAGCUGGACCUUCAUCUGGAGGAUCAGGGACAACAGGACCAUCAGCUAUAGAACUAGAGACAACUGAACCUUCAUCCAGAGGAUCAAAUACAACUGACUCAUCUGUUAGAGAAACUGGAAAAACAGUUCCAACAGUUGUAAAAUCUGGGACAACUGAAUCAUUACCUGGAGUAUCAGGUACAACUAGACCAUCAGCUAUAGGACUAGGGACAACUGAACCUUCAUCUGGAGGAUCAGGUACAACUGGAUCUUCAGAUACAGGAUUAGAGACAACUGGACCUUCAAAUGAAGGAUCAGGAACAACUGGACCAUCAGUCAUAGGACUAAAGACAACUGAACCUUCAUCCAGGGGAUCCAAUACAACUGACACAUCUGCUAGAGAAACUGGAAGAACUUCCCCAACAAUUGGAGAGUCUGGGACAACUGAAUCAUUAGCUGGAGGAUCAGGUACAACUAGACCAUCAACUACAGGACUAGGGACAACUGAGCCUUCAUUUGGAGGGUCAAGUACACCUGGCCCAUCUGUUGAAGAAACUGAGACAACUGGCUCAACAGUUGGAAAGUUUGGCACAACUGGACCUUUAUCGGGAGGAUCAGGUACAACUACAGUAUUAGGUACAACUGAACCUUCACUUGGAGAAUCAGGUACAACUAGACAGUCAGGUACAAUACUGGAGUCAACUGGACCUUCAUCUGAAGGAUCAGCUACAACUGGCCCAUCUGUUGAAGAAACUUGGACAACUGGCUCAACACUUGGAGAUUCUGGGACAACUGGAUCUAUAUCUGGAGGAUCAGGUUCCACGGGAGCUGUCCUUGGCUCAACAUUUGCACCAGGAAUUAACUCUACUGAGGCCACAACUGCUACAGGAACCAUGGGAACAGGACUGCCAGGAGGUAUCACUACAGUUAUCUCUGAGACAUCUGUUCAAACAGGAAUUUCCAACACAGAGGCCACAACGUCCACUGAAGAUGUUGGUACCACUGGAGUUGGAUUCAAAACAGACACCACUGGCAGUGCCCCUGACAUAACUGCUGCCCCUGGCAGUUCUAAUACAGAGGCAACCACUUUCACAGGAAAGGGCAGGACAACCCAAACAGAAGAGACAGAAGCUACCACCAGGGUUUCAAUGGGGGUCAGCAGCAGUUCAGGGGUUCCUAAACCAGGCACUUCUGGUGAAUUCUCUGGGACAACCAUUAAAUCUGAAGUUUCCAACACAGAGACUACAAGUUUCACAGGAACUGGAGGCAGUGCUAGAACUGAAUCCAGAACAGCCAUCACGGGGGUAGUCCCUGGCACAACAGUUGCCCCUGGUGGUUCUAACACAGAGGCUACAACUAUUCUAGAAGGAAGUAGAACAACAAGAGUUGGAAUAGUCACAGGCACAACUGGCAUAGUCUCUAGAGAAACUGUGGAACCUGGAACUUAUCAAACAGAGGCCACAACUUCCACAGGGAGUAGGAUUACCCAAGCAGAACUUCCAGGAGGUACUCCGGGAGAAUCCUCCAAGACAACCAUUACAUUUGGAAGUUCCUACACAGAGUCCACAACUGUAACAAAAGGCAGCAGCACAGUAAGCACCACUGCAACACCAGGAGGCCAAGCAAGUGGGAACGUGACAGAGGCCACAACUUCUGUAGGAGGAAGUGAAACAACAAGAGUUGGGAUAAUCACAGAUACUGCUGAGGGCAUCUCUAGUAAAACUCGGGAACCUGUAAGUGCCCGUACAGAGGCCACAACUUUCCCAGGAGACAGUGGGACCGCCAGGACAGAACUGGCCAAAGGUACUACUGGAGAAUUUUCUGGAACAACUAUUAUAUUUGGAAGUUCUAGUACGGAGGCCAUAACCUCUACAGAAGCAACUAGUACUACUGGAACUGGACUCAAAACUGCCGGCAUCUCGACAACACCAGGGGACCAAGCAGUAUUCCCCGUAGAAGAUGGAGUGACUGGGGAUGCCAAAACUACCAUUCCAGGGAGCCAGCUCUCUAGCAGUCAAACAGUGACCAGUGGGAGAGUCUCUGGCAAAACUGUUGAACCUGGGAGUUCUGUCACCGGAGUAACUAACAUAAUUCCAGGGAGUGAACCUACUGAAAGUGAAACAGGUCCUACCAAGACAGUCUCUGAGAUUACAGCUUCACCUGGAAUUUCUGGAACAGAGCCCACAACUUUUAAAGAAGGUGUUGGAUCCACCAAAGCAGGAAUUUCACCAGGAACCACUAGCCAAACAGUUAUUUCGGGAAGUUCCGUCUCAGGUACCUCCAAGGAAGCAUCUGAAACAACCACUGCUCCUGGAAUUUCUACCACAGUUUCUACCUCACCUCCAGCUGGAAACAAAACAAGCCCACAAGAAUCUCCGCCAGAAUGUCUAGCAUCACUUCCUCCAGCUCCAGUUUGUCAUGGUCCACUGGGAGAAGAGAAAUCUCCUGGAGACAGAUGGACUGCCAAUUGCCAUACGUGUACCUGUACCGAGGAAAAGACUAUCGACUGUAAGCCUAAGGAAUGCCCAUCUCCACCCACAUGCAAAACUGGAGAGAAGCUUGUGAAGUUCAAAUCUAAUGACAGCUGCUGUGAAACUGGAUACUGUGAACCAAGAACAUGUUUAUUCAAUGAUACCGACUAUGCGAUUGGAACUUCAUUUAGCGACCCCAGGAAUCCCUGCGUCACCUAUUCCUGCAACAACACUGGCUUCACUGUAGACGUCCAAACCUGCCCGAAGCAGACCUGGUGUGCAGAAGAAGAUAGAAUCUAUGAAUCAAACAAAUGUUGCUACACAUGUAAGAAGGAUUGCCGAAUUUCAUCAGUGAAUGUGACUGUUAAUCUCAAUGACUGCAAGAAAAAAGUCAUGAUGGCAAAAUGCACAGGCGAAUGCCAAAAGACCGUCAAAUACAAUUAUGAAUUGCUUCAGUUGGAAAAUAUAUGUCAUUGUUGCAGAGAAGAAAACUAUGAGUUCAGAGAAAUUGUCCUUAACUGUCCUGACGGGAGCACACUGCCUUACAAAUACAGGCACGUAACUACCUGCUCUUGUUCAGAUGAGUGCCAUCAAUCUGCGACCUCGGCAACCCGCUAAUGCUAACAUUACCUUUCCAAUUGUAACAGGCCAUGUAUUUAUAAGUAGGCAAAUGUAAUCUUCAAAUAGUGUGAACAGCAAAGUGUUUGUAUCUUUUUCAAAAAGUGAAUUUUCAUUAUAAGGUGAUCUGUUUUCUUGUCGACUGGACCUGAAAAAUAAAUACAACUUU